AUGGAAGAAGAAAUGAUGAUCGAACGAGACGAAGAAGAAGAACCGAAACGGCGAACGAGGUCGCCGCCACCACAAACACAAACAGAAGAAGGCGCACAAAAAAUUCCAGUUUUAGUAGGAGGCGAGGAGGAUUUGGAGAAUACGAAUAAUACGAAUACUACUGCUACGAAAAACGAAGAAGAAGAUGAAAUCAAAGAUGAAUUAGAAAUCGGACGAAACGAGGCGGGAUUUCUCAUCGGAGAACGAGGCGCGACGAAACGAAAAGUGCAGAAAGUCUCGCAAACGAAAAUCGAAAUCGCAGAUUCCGAGAUAAAUCCAGAAACGUCCAUCGUGACUAUUCGAGGAACAGAAACGAACCGAGCGAAAGCGCGGAGAUACGUCGCGUGGGUUUUGAGACAACCGGAAGGGAAGAUUUUUUGCGAUUUAGGCGACGACGUGGUGAGAGAAAACGUCUCCGUGGUGGACGUUCCAGCGGAGGCGAUGGCGUUUGUAGUUGGCGCGAAAGGGAAGACGCUGAGGAGCGUGGAGGAAGAAUACGGGACCUUGAUGUUUUUCGGACACACGGAAAAAGACCAACCGGACAGCUCGGAGAAGUUGAUCAUUUGCGGCGAUCGCGAAAACAGGCGCGGCGCGGAGUUGAAAGUGAUGAGUUCGGUGGAAACGAAGGUUCAGGGGUACUUUGUCGAUUACGAGAAGAACGACCCCGAGUUGAAACAACCGCUGAUGCAACCUGGAGACGGUUUGAAAGAUGGAUUCGCGUACGACCAGUUUCCGUUCACCGAGGAGGAGUUUUCCUACGCUUUGGGUAAGUUUGGCCGAGUGAGAAGAAAGUUAGCGAAAGCGUCCGGGUGCGUGAUGGAAUACGUCGGACGAGUCGCGAUAAUGAGCGGGAACAAAGAACAAAGAGCGAGGUGUUGGGAUUACACCAACUGGUUGAUGAAACAAAGACGAAACAACGGCACGUGUUCGGUCGAUCCGAACGCGCGGAACGAUUGCGAAAUUUGCGACGUUCCUGGAUCGAUCGAUUUGCCUCGGUUACAAGGAAACUGUCAUAAAGUCGAAGAAGCUACCGGGACGUUUAUUUUCACCACCGAUUUCGAAAAACCAGUCGCGGAAGGUCAAGACAAAACGUUGCUCAUUUGCUCUCACGACUCCGCCAGCAGACGCAAGGCCCGAAGAAUGGUGGAAGAUUUAAUCGACGGCAGACGAGACGUGUUCCAAGACAACAACCGAGGAGGCCCGAGAGGAAGAGGAGGAGGAGGAGGAAACAGAGGAAGAGGAGGACAACAACAACAACAACGCGGGAUGAGAAACGACGGCGGCGGCGCCGCGGAAGCCUGCCGAAACUUCCAAAUGGGUCGGUGUACUCGAGGCAACCAGUGCAAAUACUCCCACGACAUGUCCAUGGCGCCGAUGCAAAUGGGCGGCGGGAGCGGCGCAAACCGAGGCGGGAGAGGCUACGAUGACAACCACCCCCGAAACAACAACAACAUGAACAACAACGGCGGCGGAAGAGGAGGAGGAUCUCAAAUCAUAAACCGACUCAGUCGAGGCGGCAACUCCGGUGGUGGUGGUAAUGGCAACAGAGGCCGUCCGUAUUAA